AUGCGGUUCCUGUAUGGUGUGUCGACGGUCCUGGCGGCCUCGAUGCUACAGGGUGCCGCCGCCGCCGCCGCCCAACAGUCCAACGGGCUGUCAUUAACUGAUGCAAUCAGCCAGAUGCCCACAUGCGCCUUGUCGUGCUUAUUAAAAGUCGUCGGCGACACUGGCUGCAGCCCUACCGACAAGACUUGCAUCUGCAAGACCAACUACCACAAGAUUGAGACGAUUGCCUCACCAUGUAUCCUCAAAGCAUGCAGCUUCACAGACGCCCUGCAAGCCAGGAACCUAACCGCGCUGUCCUGCGACGCGCCCAUCCGCGACAAGACGAUGCGCUACAACGUCAUGGCCAUUGUCCUCGGCGUCAUCACCAACCUCCUCGUCAUCGUCCGCCUCAUCUUCAAGCGCUUCUUCAGCUACCGCCAGUCGCUCGGCUGGGACGACUACACUAUCAUCGCCGCCAUGCUCAUCGGCAUCCCCGCCACCAUCAUCAACGUCGUCGGCCUGACGGCCAACGGCAUGGGCCGCGACGUCUGGACCCUCACCCACGACGAGAUCAACCGCUUCGGCGCCUACUUCUACACCAUGGAGGUGCUCUACCUCGCCGAGAUUGCCUUUAUCAAGCUCAGCCUCUCCAUCUUUUACCUCUACAUCUUCCCGGGCGAGUGGACGCGCCGUCUCCUUUGGGCCACCGUCGUCUUCAACACGGCCUCGGGCAUCGCAUUCGUCGUCGCCGGCAUCGUGCAGUGCAUGCCCAUUGCCUUUUUCUGGUACCGCUACACCGACCCAAGCGCCGCGGGCCACUGCAUCGACAUCAACACGUUUGGAUGGAGCCACGCGGCCGUCAGCAUCGCCGUCGACGUGUGGCUGAUUGCCAUUCCGCUCAGCCAGCUGCGAAAGCUGCAGCUGCACUGGAAAAAGAAGAUUGGCGUGACUUUGAUGUUCUUGCUCGGUACUUUUGUUACCGUCGUGUCCAUUCUUCGCCUCCAGUCCCUCAUCUAUCUCGCCCGCUCCUUCAAUCCGACCUGGGACCAGUGGAUCGUGGCCUGGUGGUCGACUAUUGAAGUACAUGUGGGCAUGAUUUGCGCCUCUCUGCCUACACUCCGUCUCGUGCUGGUGCGGCUGUGCCCCCGAGUUUUCAGCACCAACAUCUCGCGUAACAAGUCGUUCACGGAGCGCAAUACACGGCCAAACAGCAGCACCUAUAUAAUGCAAAGCAAAGAAGUGACACUAUCAGAGAUUGAGAUUGAGCUAGGUGCUACGAGCAGCCCUGGAGCCAAACCUGUACCACCACCAAAAGACUACCCCGGGCCGCAGUCAUCUAAGCCAUACGUCCCACCCAAAGACUGGUGA